AUGAGCCGGAAAACGAUUCUCGGAAGGGCAUCGCUGUCGUUUCUCACGACCGACGGUGUUCUCGACAUGGAUCAAAUACUGCAAACAGAUCCGUGGACUCAGAUCGACAAUUUCGUGCAACACAAUUUCAUGCAGAACGUGUUGAACGAAUUUAACGAGCGAAUAGCACUCGACCCGAAGCUCACCCCCACAGAUAAGAGCGCGGGGAAGAAACGGGCCACGUCGUCCGGCAGAUCGCCUCGUAAAAGUCAAACGGACCAAACGAACGGAGAAAAAUCGCCGGGGCAGAAGAAGACGACCGAUGGUCCAGACGAUGGUCCACAAGAUAAAAAGGAAAUCGCGAAGAAAGGUAACAAAACGGAAGGCUCGAAGGGCAAAGUGGCGAAGAAUGGUGACGCUAACGGGCAGAAGGAAGAGAAGGCAAAAAGAGGCAAUUCCGGUAGAAAGAAAACUAAAGAGGAAACGGACAAAACUGAGGGAUCAACGGACACGCAGCAGUUAGAAGGUGACCGAAAAGCAACUGGUAAGAAGAGUCCGACGGUGAAAUCCGAGCGCAGGAAGACAGUUAGAAAGCGCAAAGGCGAGGAAAAGGAGAAAACCAGCGAAACGAAAGUUGUAGAACCGAUAAACGAUAAAACGAAUAACUCUUCCGUAAAUAAUCAUGUCUCUAAGCACUGCGCAGGAAAUUCAUACGUGGAAUGUUCGCAAUGCAAGGAUAUAAACAAUAAUUACUGCGAACUCGUGGCUCAGAGCAACGACAGUAAAACAACAGACGCGAAAUGCAAGCGUAAGACGACGGGGAGAACGAAAGAGGGUCAAAAUCCAGGGAACGAGGAGAAAGAUUCGAAUUCAGAAAAUAAAGAAACAACGACGGACGAGGGGGAAAAGUCGAAAUGCAAGAAACGCAACGAAAAAACAGCAAGGAAAACAGACUCGUCCGCGAGCAAUAAUAAUAUUUCUUCGCGGAAAGAUACUUCCGCGACAAAGGAUUCAAAAAAUGGCCACGAUGAAACCGUGGCUGAGAAAACAAAAGUAAAACGCGAGCAUAAAACGACGGAGAAAGUGAAGAGAGAGAAGAGAUCCGGAGAUAAGAAGGCAUCGGGAAUAUCGACGAAUAAAAAAUCAAAAUCAAAAUGCAAGAAACAGGACGAUAAAACGGCAAAGAUAGGUAAACGAGUCGUCGGUCCUUAUUUUCGCAGAUUCAGCCGCGAAGGACUGUUUCGUUAUGUUUCGCUUAUGGGAAACAGAUUGGAAAAUUUGAGAAACGUUUGUUGGAACAUCGUGAAAGACACAUACGACGGCAUGAGAGAAAAGCAGAACGGGCCAUGGAGGAAUUCAGUCAUCACGUCACUCGCAUCGUCAAAAAGAUGGGUUAUUUGCCAGAAUGUUCGUACUCCAGUACCGAAGAUAACGAUAGUGAUACAGAUUACUCUGACGAAUCGUCUUCCUAUGAUUCCUGUUGUUCUCACAGUUCCUGUUCCUGCUAUGAAACUUCACGAGAAAAAGGAGUCCGGAAUACAUAGAGUGCAGGAGAUUCCGUUGGAGGAGUUGGAUCUGUCGAAGGAGUAUGAAGUGGAGAAGACGCUCGGCGAGGGUAGUUUCGCCAAAGUUCUAUUAACGACUCAUCGAGCGACGCGAACCAGGGUCGUCCUGAAAGCCGUCCACCAAGAAUUAACCACGGAGAAGGACUUUUUCCGCGAGUUUCACUAUUCGUAUCAUUUAAGCCCGCACCCGAACAUAUUGUGCUCGUACGCGGUCGCGUUCAAAGCGGAGAAGUGUUUCGUUUUCGCGCAAGAGUACGCCCCUUACGGAGACCUCGCGGGCAACGUGAGAGCCGGGGGAUUGAGCGAGGAAGCGUGCAAGAGGAUCGCCAGCCAGCUCUGCUCCGCUCUCGAUUUCAUACACUCGAAACAGUUGGCCCAUCGGGACAUCAAGCUGGAGAACGUGCUGGUGUUCGCGCUGGACAUGUCCAAGAUCAAGCUGUGCGAUUUCGGUUGCACGAGACGCGAAGGUACCUUAGUCAAUAAAAUACGUUGCACCUGGUUGCCAUUUCAACCGCCGGAGAUCUACGAAAUAGUGAAGAACGAGAGGUAUGCCUGCAAGAGGAGCGCCGACUGUUGGCAAUUCGGUAUCGUCCUGUUCGUUUGCCUGACCGGGAACCCGCCGUGGCAGACGGCCGAUCUUAUCCAAGAUCCGGAAUACUCGGCGUUUCAGAGAUGGUUGAAAAGAAGGACCACCAAAGUCCCGCCAACGUUCAGACGAUUCACACCCAGGCUGCUGCGAUACUUCAGGCGAACGUUCGAGCACAAGCCUGAAAAGAGGCCGCACGUAACCGAGAUCAACAAAUACCUGAAGGAUUCGUGGUGCGUGAACAAGAUCAGUCACAGCGCUACCUCUACGUUAGUGGAUGCUAGCGAGGGAAUAGCGAGGCGAGCCGACAGCCUGCUCUACCUGGACACCAUCCUGGACGAUCAGAGAAACGUCGACGAGAACAAGAACAAACUGAGAAAGCUUCUGAACAGUUACGGCCUGGAGACGACGAUCGAUCAGAAAGUGGUAACCAAGAGGAUCUGGGAAUGGGUAAUGCAGUGCGACUCGAACAUCGCGGAGCCAGCUUUCGUUGGUAGCCUCGGGACAGAAACCAUGUGAGGGAUAGUCAAAGCUUCUAGCGAACCUUGUCUUAGAAGCGAUCGUCAGGAACGGAAGUAUAGUUUCGGUAGCUUCGACGCUGCCCGCGACGGAGACGCUCCGUCCUCUCUACAAUGUGCCAAAGCAACGUUCGAACGAACGGCGACCAACUCGCCUUCGAUCUUCCAUUAGAACGAUGCAUCAUCGCGUUCCCGUAUCGUCGCGCUCGAUUUCGAACGACGACCGAUACGGACGCGAAAACGUGUGAUAAUCCCUCAAUCAUCUUCCACCACUCGUUACACCAUCUCCUCUUACUAUUUUCUCCGUUCUCCUCCUGUUCCUCAUUCGCGUCCCAUUCAACUCAUCCGCGCACGCUCAUCCCUUCAUUUUCCCUUGUCUUUCUAUUCCUCUCCGUCACUACUCCCUCUUCGCUGCAUCAAUCUUCUCUACGAGCGGACCAAUUAUCGACAAAUGUAUGUGCGUAUAUACACGG